UAAUUUUAAUCGGUUAAGGGGCAGAAGUAGGCCCAAUAGGAGUUGAGCCAGGCCCAGUUCUUUAUCUUCUUGCUCCUUUCCCUAAAACCCGGAAUUAGGGUUUAAGGCUUUUUUUUCUUUUUUUUUUCGUUCAUUUUGAUGAUUCAAGCUUGAAUAAAAAAAAAGGGGAACAAAAUGGUGGAAGUGAAGAAAAAGAGCAUCCCAAUUCUUCCAUGGAUGAGAAGCCCGAUUGAUGUGAAUCGCUUUGAAGAUUGCCCUAUCAAUCUUGUCCCUUGUCUCGACCCCAGGUUGGAGGUGGCUUUGGAGAAGAUGGGUAUCUCUUCACUCUUCCCGGUGCAAGUUGCAGUUUGGCAAGAGACGUUAGGGCCUGGUGCUUUCCAGCGUGAUCUCUGCAUAAAUUCACCGACUGGAAGUGGAAAGACUUUAGCCUACGCUUUGCCCAUUGUGCAAAUGCUGUCGACUCGUGCUGUUAGAUGUCUACGGGCUUUGGUAGUGUUGCCUACACGUGAUUUGGCACUGCAGGUUAAGGAAGUUUUUGCAGCCAUUGCACCUGCAGUAGGCUUGUCCGUUGGUUUAGCAGUGGGUCAAUCUUCGAUUGCUGAUGAAAUAUCAGAGCUUAUUAAGAGACCUAAGCUUGAGGCAGGCAUCUGUUAUGACCCCGAAGAUCUGACAUAUGAAUUGCAAAGUUCAGUGGAUAUAUUGGUGGCAACCCCAGGAAGGCUUAUGGAUCAUAUCAACUCCACAAAAGGAUUUACGCUCGAGCAUCUUUGUUACCUUGUAGUUGAUGAGACAGAUCGGCUGCUCAGAGAAGCGUACCAGUCUUGGCUACCCACUGUACUUCAGUUGACUCAAGCUAAUGAUGAAAGCCUCUUUCCUCUUGCUAAUUCUUAUCUUUCAUCUACAUUGGGUCCUUUAAAAACUAUAAGGAGAUUUGGGGUGGAAAGGGGGUUCAAGGGUAAAUCUCACCCUAGGCUUGUUAAGAUGGUUUUAUCUGCCACCUUAACCCAAGAUCCAAGCAAGCUUGCUCAGCUUAAUCUGCAUCAUCCUUUGCUGAUUACAACAGGGAAAAGACGUUACCAACUCCCAGAAAAAUUGGAAUCGUACAAAAUUAUAUGUGAAUCGAACCUGAGGCCCCUGUAUUUGGUUGCCCUUCUACAAGAAUUAGGAGAAAAGAAGUGCAUUGUUUUCACCUCAUCCACUGAGUCAACUCAUCGACUUUGUAUGUUGCUGAACCUUUUUGGUGAUUUAAGUAUAAAAAUAAAAGAGUAUUCAGGCCGUCAACGUCAAUCUUUAAGAAGCAAGACAUUGAAAGCAUUCCGGGAAGGGAAGGUGCAAGUACUUGUAUCCUCUGAUGCGAUGACUCGUGGAAUGGAUGUUGAAGGAGUGAGAAAUGUCAUUAAUUAUGAUAUGCCUGCAUAUAUAAAGACCUAUAUCCAUCGAGCCGGUCGGACUGCUAGAGCAGGUCAAGCUGGAUGUUGCUUCACAUUGCUCCAUAAGCAUGAGGUGAAACGUUUUAAGAAGAUGUUGCUGAAAGCAGACAAUGACUCAGUUCCUCAUUACUCUAUUCCUUCCAGUUCAAUUGAGUCACUGCAUGCUGUUUAUAACUCUGCCCUUGGAAAACUGAAAGAGACGGUUGAAUCUGAAGUAUCCCGUAAGAGAAAAAUUGGUUCCAAGUUUUCGAGAUUGAGCAAGAGCAAGGGAAAAGGCCAUCAGAAGUGAUGAUCUUUUACUGCAGAGGCAAAAAGUUCUUGUUACAAAAUAGUUCAAUUUUCUCGAUGGAGAUGGAUAUUGCUUAACAUGAAGGCAACAUGUCACUUUCGCAGAUAAGCUGAUAUUCAGGACUGUACUCAGAUUACAUUUUUCAAUACCCUAGUGUGGUGUGUGGAAGCCAGGAUCAACCUUUUCACACCAAAGGCAGAAAGCAGAACUGUUUACACACACAUAUGGACUUGGUGUGAAAUUUUUGAGAGCUCAGAGAAGUUUACGUUGCUAACAAAGUUGAGUCAUGCACAUACUGUUAACUGGAGAAUCAGCAGGAGCCUUAAAAUUAAUAAUGUUGUCAUGAAUUGCUUUCAGCUUUUGGGGCGAAGCAUUGUUCAAGUUAAGAUCUUCGGUUGUUCGUCCAAUGAAGGACGAUGAGGCCCUUCUCUUACCAAAGGAGGACAGAAAGUUACCGAGCUCACCCCUUACUUCCUCAACAGUAGGAUAAGCCCCGUGCCCAUCAUAUCAAAUUGUAUUUCAACUUAUUAUGAUCAUGUUCAAUGGUUUUAAACCAUGAGAUAACUCCAGUAAAGAUAUUCUAGAAUUGUUAUUAUCGCUGAUUAGAUCUGAGAACUUGCAGAAAGAGUCAAAACUAAUUGAUAUUGUCUUAAUUAAAUAGUGGUUUUUCUAUUUAUAUAAUGCAAUCCUUAGAAUUUAGACUAUUGGUUACAUGUUUAAAGUCAUGCAUGCAUGCCAAUGGUGCUUGGAAGAUUCCCCAUAUCUUGAGGAAUCUGUAUUCUGAUAGCUUGCUACUUUAUAUGAGGUCAUUCAAAUUACUUCAUCAUGAGAUGAACUGCUGGAGCAUUAUGAAGGUUGUUGCCUCCUUAGCUGGUUCAAUGGGGAUACUGAAACUUUUUAUUGAAUUGUUAGGCAUUCAGGCAUAGAAUGCAAAUAUCUUACUCAGCCAAUCACAGCAUUGGUUAUAUUACCAAGUACAUACGGAUAUAUAUAGACCUACAAAAGUCUCAGCAAGGUCUAGGCUAUCAGGCCAAUUCCCCCGGACUCUGU